UUCCUGAGGUGAGCUCACCAGUCUGCUCCCCCGCCAUGAGUUACCUGAAGACCUUGUGUGAUGAGCCCCUGGUGGACGUGACGCUGGGACAGCUGCUGGACGACACCGCCGCCAGAUGGCCCGGGAAGGAGGCGUACGUCUUCCGCAAGCAGGGCGUGAGGAUGACGUUCCCUCAACUUAAAGAAAAGGCAGACCGUCUGGCGGCCGGACUGAUGUCUAUCGGAGUCCGCCGUGGUGACGUGGUGGCCUGGGUCAUGAGCACCAGGCCGGAGUGGGUCGUGCUGUGCUUCGCCGUGUCGAAGAUAGGCGCCGUGGCUAUGCCUCUCAGUCCGGAGUACUUUCUAUGGUCUAAUAACAAGGAAAUAACAGAACAAUCCCUGGAAAAGGCUAAGUUGAAAGUGCUCCUCAUCGAAAAUCAGCCCACGUCUGAACACUUUCAAGGAACUAUACCAUUCCUUCAUAAGAUGUUUCCGGAGACAAUGUCAUCCAAAUCGAGGAACCUGGCCAUUGACAAGGUGCCAAGCUUGUCAUCUAUUGUCCUCAUCGGCGACAGGACGCACGAACACGUAUUUUACAACCUGGAGGACAUAGAAAGUAUUUCCCUUGAUGACACCACCAGGGCGCACAUAGAGCACGCCCAGAGCCAGACCGGCUGUCAUGACACGGUUUUCCUGACUUUUACUUCUGGAAGUACCGGAGCUCCCAAGUGUGUUGAACAUAGCAGCCACACACUCAUUAACAUCAGCGACCUUCACGCCAAGGCUAUUGGAAUGGAGAACAGGAACAAGGUGCUGCACGCGAUAGACCUGACUGAGUUCCCGUGGGCCUUCCUGUUCUCGGUCACCACAGGAUGUACCCUGGUGUGCCCCAGCGACACUCCACCGACGGCGUCCGAGGUUCUGUCCGCGCUGUUAGAGGAAAGGUGCGAAGCCACCACCUUUAUGUACGUGAAGACGCUGCAUGACUUGGUGCAUGAUCCAGAGUUGAGGAAAUUUGACCUGACAUUCCUUGAACAAGUCACAGUUGGAGGGAAUGUUGUGUCCAAACGCCUUCGACUGGACGCUGCUGAAUUCUUCCCUAACGCAGACAUACUGACUCUGUACGGGACAACGGAGACCCUCCACUUGGCGACGACCUCCCCCGACAUGACGGACGAGCAGCGGCAGUCCACGGUGGGCAGUCUGCUGCCGCACAUGGAGAUGAAGCUGGUGGACAGACGCGGUCAGACCGUCCCCCUGCAGCACGAGGGAGAGGUCUGGGUACGAGGCUACUCUGUGUUCACGUGUUACCGAGGAGACGAUGAGAAAACUGCGGAGGCGAAGACAGCUGACGGCUGGUACAAAACUGGUGACAUUGGAAUCCUUGACGAAAAUGGGCUACUGAAGAUUGUGGGAAGGAUUAAAGACGUGAUCUUGAAGAACGCAGAGAUAGUUUAUCCUGCCAUGGUGGAGAGAGUUCUGCUGACGCAUCCCAAAGUAUCGGAUGUAAAGGUGGUUGGUGUACCAGACCCCGCCAAUGUGGAAGAGAUCUGUGCCUGCAUCAUAUUAAAGAACGGCCAUACUUUACAGCAGCAGGAGAUGAGGGAAUACUCGGAAGCCAACGGGCUGCUUGAGGAGUUUACUCCGGGGUACUUCUUAGCCAUGCACAGUUUUCCCAAGACUUCGACUGGACGAAAGAUCGACAGGAAGAAGAUUCGAGCUCUUGCUAUGGAAAAGCUGGGCCUACAGGAAGAUUACGAGUAAGGGAUCGAAGGCAUCGACAUCACGCACACUGUACUGUCAAUCUCAUACAAGUGAAAUGAUGUUAAGAGUACUAAAUACUAUAGGUUUCCCAUUUUUGUUAGUAAAUAGUACUUGAUAUACAUUAUCAACAUCGUCAAUAAUGGAUAAAAUUACAUUUUUGGGUACUAUGGAGAAGUGCUCAGUUUGUAAAUCUGUGUAUCGUGAAUAGCUUAUUGUAAUAUAAAAAGUAGAAGUAAGAGAUAUUGGCAAACUAAACAGGCGAUACUGAGCUGAAUCUGGUAAUCCAGUUUAUGAUUAGUUAUUUAUAAGAUGCUGCUAGUCGCUCUGUUUUUAAUUAUCAAGGCUGGAAUUGGUAUUGAAUGAUUUUAUGGAAUCAAGACAAAAAUAUUACAAAUGUGCCUGUCAAAAAUUAUAAUCAU